CCACUCCCAAAAUUCCAUUCAAGAAGAGCUAGAAGAGUCCAAUUCUAUUUUGCACCCACAGCACCCCCGUUUGUGUUCUGCUAGUUCUAGUAUGAUCAGCUCCACUUAAAUCGUCAGCAGAAAAGAAAACCAUAAACAAACGCCCACAAAGAAACAGCAACAGAGAUGGCCGACCGUUUCUUACCAAAUGAAAUGCCAGACUACCUCCCAGAAUCUUCUGUGGAAAUAGAAUCAGCUUCUGACAGAGCCAAGGGGUCGCUCGAAAAGCUUCUCCAUCUUCCCUGCAAAACCCUCUUUGAAAGGCUCAAGAACGACGCUUUGGAUCUCAAAAAAACAGUGGUGAAGGAGACAUGGGGAGCUAGAGGAAAACGUGUUACUGACUACACACUUUACACAGGCACUCUGGGAACUGCUUUUCUGUUGUUUAAAGCUUACCAGAUUACCAAAGACAAGAAAGAUCUUCUUCUUUCCUCUGAGAUCAUUAAAGCUUGUGAUUCUGCUGCUAGUGGCUCAGGGCGUGUAACAUUCAUAUGUGGGCAAGCUGGUGUUUAUGCUCUUGGUGCUGUUGUGGCAAAGCACAGUGGUGAUGAUCGGCUGUCUGGGUACUUUUUAACUAAAUUCAGGGAGAUUAAGCUUCCCAAAGAGCUUCCAAAUGAACUAUUGUAUGGAAGAGCUGGGUUCUUGUGGGCAUCCACAUUUCUGAAUAAAAACCUUGGUAAAGAUACUGUAUCUUCCACUGAAAUGAGAGCAGUUGUUGACGAAAUCAUCAAGUCUGGUAGAAAAUUGGCUAAAGGAAGAUGUCCUUUGAUGUAUGAAUGGCAUGGGAAAAAAUAUUGGGGAGCUGCACAUGGACUAGCUGGAAUAAUGUAUAUAUUGAUGGACAUGGAGCUGAAGCCAGAUGAGAUCGAAGAUGUCAGGGGCACCCUACGGUACAUGAUCAAGAAUCGAUUUCCCAGUGGAAAUUACCCUUCCAGUGAGGGCAGUGAAACUGACCGUCUUGUACACUGGUGCCAUGGUGCUCCUGGAAUUGCUCUAACUCUCACUAAAGCAGCCGAGGUAUUCAGCAGCAAGGAGUUUCUACAAGGUGCUGUUGAUGCUGGGGAGGUGGUAUGGAAUCGUGGUCUACUCAAACGAGUGGGUCUGUGUCAUGGCAUCAGCGGGAAUACUUAUGUUUUUCUUUCACUCUAUAGGAUGACGGGUAGAGUGGAGUACUUGUACAGGGCCAAGGCAUUUGCCAGCUUUCUGCAUGAUAGAGCUAAAACUCUUAUUUCAGAAGGUAUUAUGCAUGGAGGUGAUCGGCCAUACUCAUUAUUUGAAGGCAUUGGAGGAAUGGCUUAUCUGUUUCUUGACAUUGCUGAACCUUCUGCUGCUAGGUUUCCUGCUUAUGAACUCUAGUUUUGUAUACUUAGAAUGAACCGAAUGUAGAUAUUUGCUUCCCAUGUAUGCACGGUUUUGUUUCUAUAUGAAAAUUUGAUCUUUGAGGUUA